AUGGCUUUUCGGAUACCUGUUGUAUUCAACGAUGUUGUGGCCUCAUUUACAGUAGAGCAGUGGAUAAACCUGGUAGGUUGGAAGAAGGAGCUCUAUCAAAAUUUAGUGAGAUAUAUCCAUACCAUUCUAAAGAAACAAGGCUAUACAACUAUUAAUACAAAUGUUUUAUUCAACAUCCAAAAAACUGAUGAAUCUCGCAUUCACAUUGACAAGUCACUUGCAGAAGGAGAACCUGAUGUUGUUAGAGAUGUACCUGAUCUGUUGCUAAGGAUAAAAGAUGAAUCUGUAGAAGAAGCUCACUGUAAUGCCGAAAAACCUAAAAUCAAAGAGGAACAUGAUACAGCUUUGCCUUCCAAAUAA